UUUUAAUGUUGGGAAUUCUUAUUUUUGCUUGUAUUAUGAUGACAACAUAGAGUCAAUCGGAAAUUGUUAAGAGAAAAAGGGACGACAGCUAAGAAAGCACUGGUCGGAGUAAGCAUAAAACCGGUCUACAGCUAAAUUCCAAUCAGCAGAGCAAGAAAAAAUUGCAGAAACGAACCGGUUGUAACACACAUUUUAAGCCGGUUCCGUUUUCUACAUUUACCAAAAAAAAAAAAGGAAAAAAGAAAGAAUUCAGCAACAGACAGGACGAUGCAGCAGAAAUAAAAACAAGAAAUAUUGGUGUAUCCAUGUGGGAAAAAAGAUCCCAAUGACUAAAUUAGAAGACGAAGAACAAUCAUGCAGUCGCCGUUGAAUAUUCAGAAAUUUCGAAGUCUGUUUUUGCUUCCAUCUGAAUUGGGGAUCACACAAAGUUACAAAGUGGACAUUUUUCUGUUGGGUAUGAAAUCUGAAGUUCGUAAUUCCAACAAAGUGGUGUAAGAUUGAGAAAAAAAGAAGAAGAAAUGAAGGCAGGGAGUGCAGCAAAGCUGAUAGUAGACGCGUUGCUUCAGAGGUUCCUUCCACUUGCUAGACGUCGCAUUGAAACCGCUCAAGCUCAGGAUGGACAGUACCUUCGGCCAUCUGAUCCAGCUUAUGAGCAAGUACUGGAUUCAUUGGCCAUGGUUGCGCGUCACACACCUGUUCCUCUUCUCGAAGCCCUUCUAAGAUGGAGAGAAAGUGAAUCUCCCAAAGGUGCAAAUGAUGCAUCAACAUUUCAGAGAAAGCUUGCAGUGGAGUGCAUCUUUUGCUCUGCAUGUAUUCGCUUUGUGGAGUGUUGUCCACAAGAAGGACUUACAGAGAAGCUUUGGAUUGGAGUUGAAAAUUUUGUAUUCGAUUGGCUAAUAAAUGCAGACAGGGUUGUUAGCCAGGUUGAGUAUCCUUCAUUGGUUGAUUUGCGGGGGCUUCUUCUGGACUUAGUUGCUCAACUCCUUGGUGCUCUAUCACGGAUCAGAUUUAGUUCGGUGACAGAGCGCUUUUUCAUGGAACUCAAUACUCGUCGUAUAGAUACUAGUGUUGCUCGAAGUGAAGCACUUAGUAUUAUAAAUGGGAUGCGCUAUCUGAAAUUAGGGGUGAAGACAGAGGGUGGACUGAAUGCCUCAGCUUCCUUUGUGGCUAAAGCAAACCCUCUGAAUCGUGCUCCUCAUAAGCGGAAGAGCGAACUUCAUCAUGCCUUAUGCAAUAUGCUAUCAAACAUCCUAGCACCUCUGGCAGAUGGUGGAAAGGGUCAAUGGCCUCCUUUGGGCGUAGAUCCUGCACUAACUCUAUGGUAUGAAGCUGUGGCACGAAUAAGGGUGCAGCUCAUGCAUUGGAUGGAUAAACAGAGCAAACAUAUCUCAGUUGGCUAUCCUUUAGUUACACUUCUUCUGUGUCUUGGUGAUCCGCAUGUUUUUCUCAGUAACUUUGGUCCUCAUAUGGAGCAACUGUAUAAGCAUCUGAAGGACAAGAACCACCGAUUCAUGGCCUUAGACUGCUUACAUCGUGUGCUGAGAUUCUACUUAAGUGUUCAUGGUGAUUCCCAGCCUCCAAAUCGUGUAUGGGACUACCUAGACAGCGUGACAUCACAACUCCUUACAGUUCUCAGAAAAGGCAUGCUUACACAGGAUGUACAACACGAUAAGCUUGUAGAAUUCUGUGUGACGAUUGCUGAACAUAACAUUGAUUUCGCUAUGAACCAUAUGAUAUUGGAGUUGCUCAAGCAAGACAGUCCAAGUGAAGCGAAAGUUAUUGGUCUUCGUGCUUUGCUUGCCAUUGUCAUGUCUCCUACCAGUCAGCAUGUUGGCCUGGAAAUUCUCCAUGUUCGUGGUAUUGGCCAUUUCAUCCCAAAAGUGAAGGCUGCAAUUGAGUCAAUUUUGAGAUCUUGUCAUCGGAUGUAUAGCCAGGCUCUUCUUACUUCUUCAAGGACCACCAUAGAUGCUGUAACAAAGGAGAAGUCUCAGGGAUAUCUAUUCCGCUCAGUUCUGAAGUGCAUACCAUAUCUGAUUGAAGAAGUUGGCCGAAGUGAUAAAAUUACUGAGAUAAUACCUCAACAUGGCAUCAGUAUUGAUCCUGGUGUGCGUGAGGAAGCUGUACAGGUACUCAAUCGGAUCGUGAGAUACCUGCCACAUCGUCGCUUUUCAGUUAUGAGAGGGAUGGCAAACUUCAUUUUACGCCUUCCAGAUGAGUUCCCUCUUCUCAUUCAAACUUCUCUGGGGCGCCUUCUGGAGCUCAUGCGUUUUUGGAGAGCUUGUCUAGCUGAUGAUAAGGUGGAGUCUGAUGUUUCUGAUGCAAAGCGUGUGCAGAGAACUGAGGGAUUCAAGAAGUCUUCUUUCCACUCUCAAGAAACACUUGAAUUUCGUGCUUCAGAGAUAGAUGCAGUUGGUCUUAUAUUCCUUAGUUCUGUGGAUAGUCAGAUCCGGCACACAGCACUGGAGUUACUGCGCUGUGUUCGUGCUUUAAGAAACGAUAUACGGGAAGUCUCGUUGCAUGAGCGAUCAGAUCAGAUUUUGAAACAUGAAGCUGAGCCCAUAUUCAUAAUUGAUGUUCUAGAAGAGCAUGGGGAUGAUAUUGUUCAGAGUUGCUACUGGGAUUCGGGGCGUCCAUUUGAUUUGAGACGAGAGUCUGAUCCUGUACCACCUGAUGUUACUCUCCAGUCUAUGCUAUUUGAGAGCCCGGAUAAGAACAGAUGGGCCCGCUGUCUUAGUGAGCUUGUCAAGUAUGCAGCAGAGCUGUGUCCAAGUUCUGUUCAGGAAGCAAAAUUGGAAGUUAUUCAGCGUCUUGCUCAUAUCACGCCUGCUGAGUUGGGAGGAAAGGCCCAUCAGUCACAGGACACUGACAACAAGCUAGAUCAAUGGCUGAUGUAUGCUAUGUUCGCAUGCUCAUGUCCACCUGAUAGUAGAGAAGGUGGUGGCUCGGCAGCAAUAAAAGAACUUUUCCAUCUCAUCUUCCCGUCCUUAAAGUCUGGUUCUGAAGCAAAUAUACAUUCAGCUACAAUGGCUCUGGGCCACUCCCAUCUUGAAAUAUGCGAAGUAAUGUUUAGUGAGCUUGCAUCUUUCAUUGACGAGGUCUCUCUGGAGACGGAAGCGAAACCAAAAUGGAAGAGCCAAAGGUCCCGUCGAGAAGAACUUCGUGUCCACAUUGCAAAUAUAUACCGCACAGUAGCUGAAAACAUCUGGCCUGGAAUGCUUAGUAGGAAACCUGUUUUCCGCCUACAUUAUUUGAAGUUCAUUGAAGAAACAACCAGGCAGAUAUUAACAGCGUCUGCUGAGAGUUUCCAAGAUAUGCAACCACUCCGUUAUGCACUUGCUUCUGUACUGAGAUCUCUGGCCCCUGAAUUUGUUGAGUCGAAAUCGGAGAAAUUUGAUAUUAGGACUAGGAAGCGGCUUUUUGAUCUUCUGCUCUCCUGGAGCGACGAUGCUGGCAAUACAUGGAAUCAGGAAGGUGUUAAUGAUUAUCGACGCGAAGUAGAACGAUACAAAUCUACUCAGCACUCUCGAUCAAAAGAUUCUAUAGACAAACUCACAUUUGAUAAAGAACUGAAUGAACAGGUAGAAGCCAUCCAAUGGGCUUCCAUGAAUGCAAUGGCUUCACUGUUGUAUGGACCCUGCUUUGAUGACAAUGCGAGAAAGAUGAGUGGCCGGGUAAUAUCUUGGAUAAAUAGUCUAUUCAUUGAGCCUGCACCAAGGGCUCCCUUUGGGUAUUCACCUGCUGAUCCAAGAACUCCAUCUUAUUCAAAGUAUACUGGUGAAGUUGGCAGAGGAUCAACUGGUCGUGAUAGGCAUAGAGGAGGCCAUCUUCGAGUUUCACUCGCAAAAUUAGCUUUAAGAAAUCUUCUUAUAACAAAUUUGGACCUGUUUCCUGCUUGCAUUGAUCAGUGCUACUACUCUGAUGCUGCAAUUGCAGAUGGCUACUUCAGCGUGCUAGCUGAAGUCUACAUGCGUCAAGAGAUUCCAAAAUGUGAAAUACAAAGACUUUUAAGCCUGAUCCUCUACAAGGUGGUGGAUCCUUCCAGACAGAUUCGUGAUGAUGCCCUUCAAAUGCUUGAGACGCUUUCUGUCCGCGAAUGGGCUGAUGAUGGGAUGGAGGGUUCAGGAAGCUACAGAGCUGCUGUUGUUGGGAACCUUCCGGACUCAUAUCAACAGUUCCAAUACAAACUCUCCUGCAAACUUGCUAAAGAUCAUCCUGAACUGAGCCAGUUGCUUUGUGAAGAAAUUAUGCAGAGGCAGCUUGAUGCUGUUGAUAUAAUAGCACAGCAUCAAGUCCUCACCUGCAUGGCUCCAUGGAUCGAGAAUCUCAAUUUCUGGAAACUUAAGGACUCUGGCUGGAGUGAGAGAUUAUUGAAAAGUCUCUAUUAUGUGACAUGGCGACAUGGUGAUCAGUUUCCUGAUGAAAUUGAAAAGCUUUGGAGCACAAUUGCUAGCAAACCAAGGAACAUAAGUCCAGUUUUAGACUUUUUGAUUGCAAAAGGGAUUGAAGAUUGUGAUUCAAACGCAUCAGCUGAAAUAAGUGGUGCAUUUGCUACAUAUUUCUCUGUUGCUAAAAGGGUUGGUUUA